AUGCUGGCCACUCCUAUCCUGCACCAACAAUGGCAACCUGUUCCUGGACUUCCUCUUGAGCCCAGUCCCCUUUUGAUCCAAGAGACUUGGGACCCCAACUUCUGGCAACCACCCCUCCAAGUCAAGAACAUUGAGCAAAAGCUCAAAGAAGUCAAAGAAGCAGGAAUCAAGACCCAAACCAACAUCAAGAACAUAUCUCAAACUGUCAAUGUUGUCAAGGAUGGGCUUAGGAGCCUCCAAACCUACAGGCCAAGGACCCCAGAAACCAAGCCCCCAGUUGUGGAAGCAACGCCACACCCCUUACCAAAAGCUGAGCCUAUUGGAUUGGCUAGUGGGCCCUCCUUCUGGCCCAAGCAACCAAAAGGGCUCCCAGUGUUUGCCCAACCAGCGCCAAGGACCUUACCCCUGCAAGUCCCAUCUCCCCCUCCAUCUCUGUGUGUUCUCCCUACCCCCAUUACGCCAUCACCAUUACCUCCCGCACUCCUCCUCAAUCCUCCUCCCAAGCAACCACCCACGCUGGACGCUCAUACCCCACUCAUACAAUGGCAACCCGUUCCCAGCCGCCCUCUUGAGCCCGCUCCCCUGUUGAUCAAGGACAGCUGGGACCCAAAUUUCCGCCAGCCUCCCCUGAGCUUGGCAAAGUUAGUCUCAAGCAGGUCAUCCGCCUCCUUUGGGGACUUCAGUCCCAAGUCAACCGCAGAAACCCCCCAGGCUGUGCCCAAAGCCAAGCCUAUUGGCAAGGCUCAACCCUUCCUUGGGGCCCCAGCCCCCAUCAUCUCUACAGGGGCCCCUAGGCACAACCCCCUCUCCCUUUUCAACCCUUAUCCCUCCUCCUCAUUCCCUUUGGGACCGGCUCCAUCAGCCUCCCAAGGACCUCCACCAGUGCCUAUUGUCCCCCUGGCGCAGCCUCCAGUCCCUUCCACUGUAAAAGUGGAUCACCCCAAUGCCUUCAAAGGCAAAAUUGGCUUGGAGGCCAAACAAUGGUUAACACGCAUGUUAGCCUGGGUACGCCUCAACCAAAGGCAGUUUCCCUUGGACCUGGAGGUCCUUAGCUUCCUCCUCAUGAAUAUGGAAGAAGCCGCCGGGGCCUGGGCACAUCCCCACUUGGACCAACUAGGGUCCCAUUGCGCAAUCAUCCAGACUGUGGAUGAAUUCAAGACCAAGUUCCUGGCCGCCUUUGGCAACCCAGAUGCAACCAGAGCAGCAGAGCGGAAAAUCACUUCCCUCACUCAGACCGGCUGUCCCAGAUACAAAGCGGAACACUUAGAAGUCCUGAUUGACUCAGGCGCCACAUCUUCCUUCAUGCACCCUCAUACCGCGGAAUCACUCCGCCUUCCACUCAUUGAUCUACCAUCACCCUGUACCGUAACAAUGCUUGAUGGGUCAAGCCCCCAGGCUGGCAAAAUCUGGAAGAAGGCUACUCUAACCUUCUCCCUUGAUGGAAAACAAAUAACUGAGACCUUCCUAAUCUGCAACACAGGGUCUCACGCUGCCAUCUUGGGGUUAAAAUGGCUAGACGCCCAUAACCCAGAAAUCAAUUGGAACAUGCGCACACUCUCCUUCCCCCAUACGCCACCAGAGCAGGUUGCUAUUGCUGAGGAGGAGGAAGCUGAUAAGGAUCCCCUUGAAGGAGUACCCCCUGAAUACCAUCCAUACGCCAAGGUAUUUGGGGAAGAAGAAUUCAACAAGCUACUUCCACACUGGCAUUACAACAUUGGGAUAGAACUUACAGAAGAAGGCCCACUAAACUCCCCCUUAUAUAGCAUGACUGACGCCAAGUCUGCCACACUCAAAGACUGGCUCAGGGAUGAACUCAAGGCCGGGAAGAUCUGUCCCAGCAAAUCAUCAAUUAGCUCCCCAGUCAUGUUUGUACCCAAAAAGGAUGGUUCCUGUUGUUUGGUUGUUGACUAUUGUUGCCUAAAUAACCGCACUAAGAAAAACGUUUACCCGCUCCCCCAUCUGGAUGACCUCAUGGCCCAGCUCCGUGGUGCCAAGGUCUUUACCAAGUUGGACUUGCAAUGGGGUUACAAUAAUGUGCAAGUUAAAGAAGGCAACAAAUGGAAAACCACAUUCCAAACCAAAUACGGCCUUUAUGAGUCCCUAGUCAUGACCUUUGGCUUAACAAACACCCCCGCCGCCUUCCAACACUUCAUGAACAAACUGUUCAAAGACCUGUUAGACGUCUGCGUCAUCAUUUACCUUGACAAUAUCCUGAUUUGCUCUAAGGAUAACACAGUACACACCCAACACGUUCACAAAGUCUUGCAGCACUUAAUGGAUAACCAAUUGUCUUGCAAGGCAUCCAAAUGUACCUUCCACGUCACCUCUGUGGAACAUCUGGGAAUUAUUGUGUUGGAUAAAGGCUUCAGCCUAGACAAGCUCAAGAUCCAGGCAGUCCAAGAAUGGCCCACGCCCUCAAAGGUCAAGGAAGUACAGUCUUUUCUUGGCUUUGCCAACUUCCUCCGUUGUUUUGUUGCCAACUUUAGCCACAUAGCAAGACCCUUACACAAUCUGGUUAAAAAGGAUGCACCCUGGAAAUGGGACACAAAGGAGCAGGAAGCAUUCCAAGGACUGAAGCAUGCCAUCACCAACGCCCCGGUCCUCUGUCAUGCAGACCCUUCAAAACCCUACUUCCUAGAGACGGACGCAUCCGGUGCAGCCCUAGGUUCCAUACUAAGCCAACAACAAGAAGAUGGAUGCCUGCACCCCCUGGGUUUCCUGUCAGAAUCAUUCAAAGGUGCCAAACAGAAUUACAACACCCAUGACAAGGAACUCCUGGCAAUCAUCCGUUCAUUUGAGUACUGGCGUAUCUUCCUGGAAGGGACCCUUCACCCCAUCACAGUCUUCACGGAUCACCGCAACUUGGAAUAUUGGAAAGAAUCUUGUACAUUCAACCGUCGCCAUGCCAGAUGGCACCUAUUACUGGCCGGUUACAACUUCCAAAUUGUGUACUGCCCAGGUAAACAGUCCGGUAAACCAGAUGCUUUGUCCCACCAAUCCAAUCACGCAGAUGUUCCACCCGCCAACCAGACCAUGCUCCCUGACCCUGUAUUUGCUAACAUUGCCAUGGUGACCCCAGAAAAAGAGCUACAGUGCCAAAUCAAGACGUCCUUGGACCAGGACAAGUCACUAGAGGAAAUACUCCAGUUCCUCCAGAAUGAAUCCAAAGCACCACCCUCUAUCAAACGGGCAUUCAAGGACUACAAAAUGGAAGCAGGCCUGCUGUUCUACCAAGGAAGGAUUGUAGUACCGGACGUUGGGACCUUGCAAACGGACCUAUUACGCAUAUACCACAACAGCCCCUUGGCGGGCCACCCUGGAAGACAAAGGACCCUGGAGUUAAUCUUGCGUGCUUACUACUGGCCAGGAAUCCAAGCAGACACCUACUGGCAUGUAGAUUCUUGCAAAACCUGCCAACGGAUAAGGAAACCCAAGUAUUUGUCCAUUCCACCUCAGCCCCUCAAACUUCCUACUAGGCCAUGGCAACAUAUCUCCUACAACAUGAUUGUUGACUUACCCAAAGAUGGAAUUAGCAACUCCAUUCUGGUCAUUGUGGACAGCUUCACCAAAUACGUUAUCUUGGUGGAAUGUUCCAAGAAACUUAAAGCACCAGAACUGGCAGACCUAUUCUUACAACAUGUCUGGAAGCAAUACGGUAUGCCUGAGAAGACAAUAUCAGACCAAGGAAGGGUCUUCAAUAACAAAUUCCUCAGAGCACUGUACCAGCGGUUAGGAAUAGACCCCCACUUCUCAUCAGCCUACCAUCCUCAGAGCAACAGUCAAACAGAACAAGUAAACCCUACAGUCAAACACUUCUUACAGGCUUACUCAGGGAUUAACCAGAAGGACUGGGUUAAAUGGCUACCUAUGGCGGAAUUUGCCUAUAAUAAUGUGGUACACAGCAGCACCGGCAAAUCCCCAUUUAAAGCCUUGUACAGAUGGGAACCAGCCUUAACCCCAUCCAACGUCCCAACCAAUGUACCAGAAGCCAAUGAACUAGCCAAAGCAAUGGAAGCUCAGUGGAGGGAAGUAGAAGCUGCGUUACAACAAUCCAAGUCACGGAUGGUUGCUGGGGAAAUGGGAAGCCCAAUAGAAUUUGAGGUUGGAGAAGAAGCGUGGCUGGAUGCCAAGAACGUCAAACUCAAAACCCUAAGUCCCAAGCUAACAGAACAACGGCUAGGACCCUUCAAGGUUAUUGAGAAAAUCUCCAACCAAGCUUACCGCCUUGAUCUACCCCCAACAAUGCAAAUCCACAACGUAUUCUACAUGGGAUUGCUAUCCAAAGUCAAACGGGACAGUAAUUGGGCCUUUGAGAACCGCCCACCGCCAGUAACAGUGGACAGGGAAGAAGAAUACAAGGUAGAGGGUAUCACAGAUGCGGAAGAAUGGAAUGGGAAAUGGUUUUUUAGGGUUAAAUGGGAGGGGUACGGAUCCAAAGAAAACACGUGGGAACCCCAAGAAAACUUAAAAAAUGCCGAAAACUUUUUAGAAAAAUACGAAAAAGACAUGAGAAAGAAGGCCCUUGGCGCUGCCAAGGCCCUUAAAGGGGGGGCAGUGUUGUAG